AUCUUCCAAGGAAUGCCAGAAAGUUCUCCUGAUUUCUCUUAAGGUCUCUGUAAGAAAAUCUGUGAAGUUUGAACAAGCAGCCUUCCCAAGAUGAACCGAAUAUCUCAACUGAUGUCAACACCAGUAGCAAGUAAAUAUUCUUCCCGGUCUGAGAAAGAAUACGCUGUAGAGCUGCCUCCACCAUGCAUUUUCCCAAGUUUCGUCUGUGAUCGCCUGGAUGGUGACAGUUCCUUUGAAUGCUGCUCCAUAGGUCCCCUGACAGGCUCCCACUUUACGUGUCGCGGAAGUCCCAGACUCCUCACCAAUGGCUACUACAUCUGGACCGAAGACUGUUUUCUCUGCGACAAAGACGGCAACAUAACUCUGAGCCCCUCCCAGACCAGUGUCCUGUACAAGGAGAACUUAGUCAAAAUAUUUAGAAAGAAAAAGAGAAUCCGCUGUUCUUUUUCUUCUCUCUUCAACCUCAGUGCCUCUGAAUCUUGGCUGCAUGGAAGCAUCUUUGGUAAUGCUGACUCUUCCCCCAAUGAGGACGGCUGGUUGGAGGGGGUCAGGAGGCUGGAAACAAACCAUUGCAAUGAAAAUGGAGGUGGUUUGGGCUGUUCGCUGACGGACAACUGGGAGUUGGAGAAGCUAAAUGCAGCGUCUGUGAAAACCUCGUUUUCCAGCCAUGUCACCUCUAGGAGUCCCGGAGAAAACUCCCACAACCUGCCUCCUCAGUCCCAGUUCACAGCUUCUGAACAUCUCCAGGAAUACGUUUUGUAUCAUCCAAAAACCAGUUUGUUACGAGAGGUCUCCUUUCAAGCAAAUCUGUUUGCUGCAUGCUUAAUUACUUCUGCCUGUGCAAGAUGGUUUCUGGGAGGAAUCAUAGCCAGCGUCUUCACGUGCUCCUUGGGGAUAACCAUUGCUUAUGCUGUCAAGUCAUUCCUUCUCAGCCUUGCCAACUGUUUCAAAGCCACCACCUGCACUUGGAUCUGUGAAAACAAGGACUAUUGACUUCAUUUCUGUAUCCAAUGCCUUGAAAAUAGUUUGCCAAAACUUGACAACCAUUCACGAGAGCCUCUGAUGAAUGUCUUCAAUCUGAAUAUCUGGAAAUUGUCCCAUCCGUAGUCUGCUUGGAAUCAAUUGUUUUAUUGGAAGGAGUGAACAAGUGGAUAAUUGAGAAAAAAAAGCAUUUUAAUUUGGUGAUGUGGUUUUAAAAACAAUCUCAGCUUUGGCCUCACAAUGAUAAGAUGCUCAUGAAAAUAAUAUUAAUUGGUCUUGUGCAAACACAAGCAGUUGAAAAGGAAAGGGCUGGGAAACGUGACAGAGGACAAACCACCUGGAUGAGUGUUCUCUUAUAACACCUUAAGGCAGUGGUUCUCAAACAUUAAUUUUCUUUAGAGAAUUCUAUGAGGAGCUUAUAACAAUGCAGAUUCCUGGGCCGGCCUGCCUGUACCUAUCCCUUGCCGAAACGCUGCAGUUGAACAAAGAAAGGGAAUUUACAUAAUCAGCACCAACUUGAAAGUAAAUAAAUGCGGUUUGUACAUAAAAGAUAAUGUAGAAAAAGUUUUCAGUUCUUCCCAAGGGAUGGCCUAAUAGAAGGUGGUGACAGUAGAUGAUGGUUGAAGGAAAACGGGCAGGAGAGAGCCAUUUUUCAGAAAGUUCUUCUUUCUAACCAGUUUCUUUACCAAGUUUUCAAUCAUCUUGGCACUCAUGAUUACCUGUCACCCAAACUUCAAUUCAAAUAAAGAUAUAACACACAAAAAAUACCUCAGGGGCAAAAUAAAGGCAAAACACUGCAGUGCUUUGAAAUACACAAAAAGUGUACAGUUGCACUGAGGGAUUACAGGAGACGCUCCCUCACCAUACCUCUUGCUUGGCUUAUGUUUCCAAAUGUGGCCUGCCAUUCAACCUUGCUUUAUAUGAUAUCCUCUGGCUGGAGAAUUGUGUGGAGAAAAUUGUCUUUGCUUAAAAUGGUAAUGUCAGAAUAUCACUUUUUAUAUCAAUUGUACUUAGUGCCUUUUUGGUUGAACAAGUUUUAUAGUAAUAAACAA